CUGGAGCUCUUUGUCUUAGCCCUGUACAUUCUGCUCAUGGUUACCCUGCGGCAUUUCUUCGUGCCGUUCGCGCCCCAGGAAGUGGGCCGUGUGGACAACGAAACGACGAGCGUCCCCUUGACCGCAAACGUGAGGAGACAAUUCCGGGUGGGGUUCCAAGGGUACAUACUUAUCGGCUACGCCCCUGCAUGUUCAGCGGGGGAUCAGCUCAUGAAAAGGUUUCGCAAGAUUUUAAUCAAGAGAGGUUUGCCCGGGAACGUCAUUGACGGUAAGUAAAAUGAGAUUUGUGCGAGCUGGUGUAUGAACCUCAAAGGGUUAACGGGGGAAACAUUCCAACUGCAUUAUGGGUUGAUGUACUAGUAAAAAUGCCCGUCAUUCUAAAGGGGCCACUACUAUGAUAUCUUUAGGUUGUCAUUCUAAAGGGGCCACUACCAUGACAUCUUUAGGUUGUCAUUCUGAAGGGGCCACUACCAUGAUAUCAUUAGGUUGUCAUUCUAAUGGAGCCCUUACAAUAAUAUCUUUAGGAAGUCAUUCUAAAGGGGUCACUACCAUAAUAUCUUUAGGAAGUCAUUCUUAAGGGGCCAUUACAAUGAUAUAUUUAGGAUGUCAUUCUAUGUUUCAGUGAAUGUUUGUUUUUAAAUAUGAACUUUUUAAAAAAAAUAAUGCGUUACAAUGACAUCCAUUGGCUUAUUAUCGGAUUAUUAAAUUGCGGUUGGUGUUUUCCAGACUAGCCAUGCAAAUCUGCUUCUAUACCGACUAAACAUACUGCAUGGGCUUAUCCAUAUAUAUUUAUAUAUAUACAUUAACAAUAAUAAUAAUUAUAAAACGUUUUGAGUUGACCUAGGUGCACGUGCUUAGUUGUUGUCACCUGAAUCCCCCACAAUCGAUAUUCACAGUUGAAAUUAUGGGCUUCCCGUCUGAAUACACGCUGGUCAAGUACGUCAAGAAAUACCCCACAAGGCUGGCGUACAGUUACGUUUUUGACCCGAUGACCAUCCAUUCAGUAGAGCUGCCCAAGGAGAUG